GCUGCAUCAGGAUUUAUCCUACGUGUUCCUUUGGUGAACCAGGUUCACUUAAACUUGCAAAAAGAUGACUGACCUCUUGAGAAGUGUUGUCACGGUCAUUGAUGUUUUCUACAAAUACACCAAGCAAGAUGGGGAAUGUGGCACACUGAGCAAGGAUGAACUAAAGGAACUUCUGGAGAAAGAGUUCCGUCCAAUUCUGAAGAACCCAGAUGAUCCAGAUACAGUGGAUGUUAUCAUGCACAUGCUAGAUCGAGAUCAUGACCGAAGACUGGACUUUACUGAGUUUCUUCUGAUGGUAUUCAAGCUGGCUAUGGCCUGCAACAAGGUUCUCAGCAAAGAAUACUGCAAAGCUUCAGGGUCAAAGAAGCAUAGCCAUGGUCAUCGACACCAAAAGGAAGAAAGUGAAACAGAAGAGGAAGAAGAAGACACACCAGGACAGAAAUCAGGUUACAGACAUUCAAGAUGGAGUGAGGGAGAGGAGCAUGGUUAUGGUUCUGAGGGCUUAAGGGGAGCUAGGAAACAUAGACAUGGGUCAAACUCCAAGAGGCUGGGAAGGCAAGGUGGUUUAUCUAGCUCAGGAAACCAAGAGCAAUUUGAGAAAAGACACCAUUGGUCUAGCUCUGGUCACUCAUGGAGUAGUGGCAAAGAAAGACAUGGUUCCAGCUCUGAGGAGCUAGGAGAAAGAAGAAACAAGUCACACGUUAGCCCCUCUAGGGAAUCUGAGAAAGAAUAUGAAUCUGGAUCUAGAUUAAAGAGCAGGAGAAGGAAAGGACAUAGUGGUCUGUCACAUGGAUUGGAUGCUAGUGGACAUGAAUCAAACUCUACUCAGUCAAGACAGAGUGGAGGACAAAAGCUUGGAUCUAGUUCUAGAGGCUCAGGAGAUAAUGGAAGGCAAAACUAUGCAUGCGGUUCCAGCAACUCAUGUGGGUGUGGAAGGCCACAAAAUGUUUCUACUUCUUGUCAGGAAGGUAGAUUUGGAGGGCAAGGGAAUCAAUCUAACUGUACCCAGUCAGGAUGUCAGUCAGGAAGUAGUGGUGGACUAGGUCAUGGAUGUAUUUCAGGUCAGUGCUCUGGAUAUGGUCAAUAUGAGUCUAGCUCCUGCAGCCAGUCUUCUAGUCAGGAAGAAUAUGGAUCUAGAGCAUGUGGUCAAACACAGAACUAUGGAAAACAACAGAGAACAGGUUCAAGUCAGUCCUCUUGCUGUGAACAAUAUGGGUCUGGAACAAGUCUGCCUUCUAGCUAUGGUCAACAUGGACAUGGUUCUUGUGGACACUUUUCAAACUCUCAUCAAAAAGGGUCAGGUUCAAGUGAAUUUUCUAAAUGUGGACAACAUGGGUCUGGCUCUGGGCAGUCCUCUGGCUUUGGACAACACAGAUCAGGCUCAGGUCAAUCCACUAACUUUGGAUAUGGCUCUGGUUCAUGCCAGACCUCUGGUUUUGGACAACAUGAGUCUGGCUCAGGACAGUCCUCUUGCUUUGGCCAACAUGGGCCAAGCUCAGGACAGGCCUCUGGCUUUAGCCAGCAUAGGUCUGGCUCAGGAAAGUCCUCUGGCUAUGAACAAUAUGAAUCCAGCUCAGGUCAGUCUUCUAGAUUUGGAAAACAGGAAUCUGGUUCAGGACAGUCCUCUGGUUUGGGUCAGCAUGGGUCUACCUCAGGACAGUCCUCUGGUGUUGGAAAACAUGGGUCUGGCUCAGAGCACUCAUCUGGUGCGAAACAGACCUCCGGCUUUGGAGAACACAGAACUGGCUCAGGACAGUCCUUUGGUUCUGGACAACAUGGGUCUGGUUCUCAUCAAUCUACCUCUGCAAAACAUAGAUAUGGCUCAGGUCAAUCUUCUAGCUUUGGAUAUGGAUCUAGUAAACAUCACUCUCCUGCUUCUGGGACUGGCUCAGGUCAUUCUUUGGAAUUUGAACAACAUGAGUCUAGAUCAGGUCAGUCUACCUACGGCAAACAUGGUUCCAGGUCAAGGAAAUCCUCCAGUUCUGGCUCUAGGUCAUCCUCAGGCAAGUCCUCUACACAUAGUCAACAUGGAUCCAACUCAAGGCAGUCAUCUAGCUAUGAUCAACAUGAAUUGACCUCAGGUCAAUCCUCUGGCUAUGAUAAACAUGACUCUAGGGUACAGGAAAAAGAACGCUAUGAGACUAGUUCAGGAAAAGGGUCUCCAAAAUCUGGAACAACAAUAUCAGAUUCAGCUGAGAGUCAAACAAGGAAAAGAGAUGAAGGCAGACAGGGGAAAACUCAAGGACAGUCAGGAGAGAGGAGUACAAAUGGCCACUCCAGUCAUGGACAAGCCACCAGGACAGAAUCCAGUAAGACUAACAGAAGGGAUUCUAGUGUCAGUGAGAACAGUGACAGUGAAAGACACUCAGGAGCCCCACAGACACACGCAGGAUCCCCUCAUAGCCACUCUGGAUCUCAACAUGGAGAGUCAGGAUCUACAGCUAGAGGGAGACAGAGAACUAGUCAUGGCCAGUCAGGAGAUACCAGAGGACAUAGUGGGUCUGGGCAUGGUCAAGCCACCAGGACAGAAUCCAGUAAGAGUACAAGAAGGGGUUCUAGUGUCAGUGAUUCCAGUGACUCUGAAAGGCACUCAGGAACCUCACAGACACACACAGGAUCCCCUCAUAGCCACUCUGGAUCUCAACAUGGAGAGUCAGGAUCUACAGCUAGAGGGAGACAGGGAACUAGUCAUGGACAGUCAGGAGACACCAGGGGUCAUAGUGGGUCUGGGCAUGGUCAAGCUACCAGGACAGAAUCCAGUAAGACUGCAGGAAGGGGAUCUAGUGUCAGUGAUUCCAGUGACACUGAAAGGCACUCAGGAACCUCACAGACACACGUAGGAUACCCGCAUAGCCACUCUGGAUCUCAACAUGGAGAGUCAGGAUCUACAGCUAGAGGGAGACAGGGAACUAGUCAUGGCCAGUCAGGAGAUACCAGGGGACAUAGUGGGUCUAGGCAUGGUCAAGCUACCAGGACAGAAUCCAGUAAGACUGCAGGAAGGGGAUCUAGUGUCAGUGAUUCCAGUGACACUGAAAGGCACUCAGGAACCUCACAGACACUAGCAGGAUCCCCUCAUAGCCACUCUGGAUCUCAACAUGGAGAGUCAGGAUCUACAGCUAGAGGGAGACAGGGAACUAGUCAUGGCCAGUCAGGAGAUACCAGGGGACAUAGUGGGUCUAGGCAUGGUCAAGCUGCCAGGACAGAAUCCACCAUUCAGGAUCUCAACAUGGAGAGUCAGGAUCUACAGCUAGAGGGAGACAGGGAACUAGUCAUGGCCAGUCAGGAGAUACCAGGGGACAUAGUGGGUCUCGGCAUGGUCAAGCUAGCAGGACAGAAUCCAGUAAGACUGCAGGAAGGGGAUCUAGUGUCAGUGAUUCCAGUGACACUGAAAGGCACUCAGGAACCUCACAGACACACGUAG